UCAGUUCGUCUGCGCAUGCGCACCAAUCCGAAUCAUUUCCGGGGGACGAGACUGCUGCUAAGGAUGUUGGGGUAUAUCUGGCAGUGUUUCUAUUCCUCGUGUCUGCGCUUCUGGUUAAAAUGGUUCCUCCGGCUGAUCACAGGAAGAUGCGAGCUGCAGCGUGUUUGUGCCCGAUGCAAAGCUGGAGCGAUGAGGACGUCACAGAUAGAGUAUUCUCUGAAGUCCUCCAAAAGCAAGGUGUUGCGAGCAGCUCUGUCUUUGAAGGAGAAAGAUUUGGAUGACCACCUGACUCAAAUAAUCCAGGAGAAGAGCAUCAAGGAGCAGAAAGAUCCUGCGUUUAAAGUGAAUCUCCGUCAAUGCUUGUUCCAAAUCAACGGGUAUAACGAGCUGUUUGAGGCAGUGGAGGAACUCCGAAAAGAGGUGUUUGACUCGGAGAAUGAAGAACAUGAGAACAUGCUUCUGAAGUUGUGGGAUCUGUUAAUGCCGUCGGUGAAGCUGGAAUCGAGGGUCACCAAGCAGUGGGGAAACAUUGGUUUUCAGGGCGACGAUCCGAAGACUGAUUUCAGAGGGAUGGGGAUGCUGGGACUCACAAACCUCCUUUUUUUCAGUGAGAAUUACACAGACGCAGCCCGGCAGGCCUUGUCACACGCAAAUCACCCCGGACUAGGGUACUCGUAUGCCAUAGUGGGCAUCAAUCUGACAGAGAUGGCAUACAGCUUAAUGAAGAAUGAUGCUCUGAAGCCUCAUUUCUAUAACACAGUACCUGGGAAACCCCAAAUGCAGCACUUCCACCAGUUCUACUGUUACCUGGCGUAUGAAUUCGAUAAGUUCUGGUUGGAAGAGGAGCCGGAGAGCAUCAUGGAGUUCAAUCGCUACAGGGAGAAGUUUCACGACAAGGUCAAAGGUCAACUUCAGAUGCCAGAGGUCAUGCUUAUUCUGACCGUGGACCAAGAAAAAUGAUUCCAGCAUCAUUUCACAGUCAAAAGGACACUGCAACAGUUGAUUUUUCUUUUCUUUUCCCAUUAACUUUAAGAUAAUCUUUAGUUAGGAAAUUUACAACGUGCAUGAAGCUUUAUUUAAAUAUUAAUAAUUAAACCGCUGCAUAAACUGUACAUCAAGGGUACAUAGCUGCUUGUUUAGCUACAUUGACCUGGUCAGGGAAAGACUUACACUAAGUAUUAAUAAUAAUAAUAAGUGAUGUUUUAAACCCUCCAAGGAACAGACUGGAAUCCUUCACACUUGACGUUUUGGUCGUGGUCACGUGACUCCUGCUUCUUCAUCUUUACCCAUCUCAGGAAGAUGACGUCU